UUCUUCAGAUAAAUAUUCUGUCAGUGGUCACUUCUCAUGCAGAACGCGUCUCAUCCACACACACACACACACACACACACACACAGCUCUGCGUAAAGCUCACACUGCUGUCUUUCCAUCGCUCGCCUCAUCCUCUGAAAUGCAGCGAGAUGUUGUGAGCUCUGUUUGUUAAAUCCGACGACAGAGCGCAGUUUAACACAGGCUGUUGUGUAGACGCUUUCCUGCAGGCGGGCUAUAGAGGAAACAACGUGCUUUGAAUGCAGAGCGGACUUUCUCUAGUGCCGCGCAGGCUCCAGUCAAAGCCAUAAAACAGAAAUUACUCCAACGGAGCGCAUUAGAGAUUCAUUUCAAUUAUAGGCUCCGUCUCGCCGCCUUUCUUCGGAGGACAGCGGGCUCCGGGCUGUUUGCCUUCCGCGGGAGAGGGACGUUAACGCACGGCGCAUCCGAGGAGAGGUUCCGCGCUUUGAGAUGCUUUAGUGCUUUCGCGGGACCCAUGGCUUCGCUUUACCAGAGAUUCACGGGGAAGAUUAACACCAACAAAUCUUUUCCCCAUCCACCUGAAGCCAGUCAUCUCCUGGGUGGACAGGUUCCCGAGGAGGAGAAUAAGGCUGGGAAGAGUCCCCAUCACCCCUCGUCCCGACCCCAGGUCCAGUACCGCAAGAGAAACGCCUGCGAGGAUGAAGACGAGCUGGUUGGCAGUAGCCCUCCACAGAGGAACUGGAAGGGAAUCGCCAUCGCCCUGCUGGUCAUCCUGGUCAUCUGCUCUCUGAUCGUCACCUCCGUCAUUCUGCUCACACCGACUGAGGAUGACAGUCUGGCCUCCAAGAAGAAAGUCACGAUUGAGGACAUCUUCAGCGGGAAGCUCCAGGCACACGACCCUAAGGCUGCAUGGAUUAGCGACACCGAGCUGCUGUACACUACCAACGACAGCAAUGUGGUGAGACACAACGUCCUGACCAAUACCUCCAAGAUUUUGGUGAAGAACACGACGUUCGAGAGUUUCAAAAACCAGGGAUCCUACAGACCGAUCACAUACAGAGUGUCUCCUGAUCUGAAAUACGUGCUGGUGGCCUACAAUAUCGUGCCGCUUUAUCAGUAUUCCUUCACGGCCUAUUACAUCAUCUGCAGCCUCGACUCUCCAGAGAAAGUAGAGCUGACCCCUAAUGAGGUGCAGAACACCGCACUGCAGUACGCCGGCUGGGGUCCCAAAGGACAGCAACUGAUUUUCAUAUUUGAGAAUAACAUCUACUACAAAGCGCAAGUGAACAGCCCAUCCAUCCGGCUGGUGUCCACGGGCAGUCUGGGGGUCGUAUUUAAUGGACAUGCUGACUGGCUCUAUGAAGAGGAGAUCUUCCAGGGUCAGAUCGCUCACUGGUGGUCACCAGAUGGUCUCAGACUGGCGUAUGCCACCAUCAACGACACUCUGGUGCCCAAGAUGGAGAUACCCAUAUUCACAAACGCACUGUAUCCCAGCGGACAGGAGUACCGCUACCCUAAAGCAGGGGAGGAGAACCCUGAUAUCUAUUUGUCAGUGGUGAGUCUGAACGGCCCUUUACACACAGUGAGGAUGAGGAAACCUGAGGACCCCAGAAUCAGGAAAGAUUACUACAUCACGAUGGUGAAGUGGGCCACCAGCACCAAACUAGCGGUAAACUGGCUGAACAGAGCGCAGAACAACUCCAUCCUGACCCUGUGUGAGGCCACCACGGGCAUCUGCACAAAGAAACACGAAGACGAGAGUGACAGCUGGCUUCACAGACAGAACGAACCCCCGCUGUUCUCCAGAGACGGGUACAGGUUCUUCUUCACCCGCGCCGUUCCACAGGGAGGCCGAGGGAAGUUUUUCCACAUAUCCAUGUCCACGUCCCAGCCCAACAGCAGCACAGACACGCUUCAGUCGCUGACGUCAGGAGACUGGGACGUGACGGAGAUACUAGCCUACAACGAGAACACCAAGCUUGUAUACUUCCUGAGUACAGAAGACGAUGCAAGACGGCGUCACCUCUACAGCGCCAACACCACAGGAUCCUUCAACCGCCGCUGUCUUUCCUGUAAUUUAAGCUGUGGAUACGUCAGUGGAUCAUUCAGUCCAGAUGCUAACUACUUCCUUCUCAACUGCAAAGGUCCCGGUGUGCCUCACACAGCCGUGUACAGCACCAGAGACGGAGAGUACGAGAAGCUGCUGGAUGUGGAGCUCAAUGAGCAGUUGAACACCACCGUGAACAACACUCAGAUGCCCAAAGUAGAGUACAGAAAGAUCAACAUAGAGGAUUACUCUCUGAGCAUGCAGAUCCUGAAGCCAGCCGGGUUUCUAGAAACGUCUCACUACCCCUUACUGCUGCUGGUGGACAGCACCCCCGGUGGUCAGAUGGUGACGGAGCGGUUUCAGGUGGACUGGACCACGGUGCUGGUCAGCUCCUUCAACACCAUAGUCAUGCGUCUGGACGGCCGCGGCAGUGGCUUUCAGGGCACAAACCUCCUCCACCGCAUCAGGAAGAAACUGGGGGAGUUCGAGGAGAGAGACCAGCUGGAAGCUCUUAGAGAGAUCUCACAGCAGCCGUUCAUCGACAGCUCAAGAAUCGGAGUUUAUGGAAAGGCAUAUGGAGGAUACCUGGCCAGCAGACUAUUACGCUCAGAUGAAAAUCCAAAUAUGUUUAAGUUCAAAAUCAAGUGUGGCACAGCCAUCUCUCCCAUCACUGAUUUCUCUUUAUACGCUUCCGCGUUUUCUGAACGCUAUUUAGGAUCACCGCAGGCCAGUAAGAGAGAAUAUGAGAUGGCACGUUUAACAGAGCACUCGGAGCAACUGAGGGACAAGAAACUCUUGAUAAUUCACCCGACGGCUGACGAGAAAGUCCAUUUUCAGCACACGGCCAAAUUUAUCACCCACCUGAUAAAUGAGAAAGCUAAUUAUACAUUACAGAUCUACCCAGAUGAAGGCCACUUCCUCCACUUGAGAGAGUCUCAGCUACAUCUGAGCCAGUCGCUGGUCAACUUCUUCGUGGAGUGUUUCAGACCCCCAGAGAUACUGACCGAAGAGAAACUGGAGCCGGACAACGAGGACGAUGGUUAAAAUUCUGCUCGGAUCCAGCACAAGACAGCUUACAGCCCAAUAUGCAAACUCCUCCUCCCCCCACCUCACCCUCCUCCUCCUCCUCCUCCUCCUCCAUCCCCAUGGUAGUUCUGAUGGCUUCUCCUGAGCCUCUGCAUGGACCACGCCCCUCAACUCUGAUUGGUUCAUUGGCUCCAGGAAAGAAUCCUGAAUGACUUGGUGAUACUCAAGAAGCAGUGGAGGCACUCUCCCACCGCCACACGAGCAGCGACGUGCGCGAUUCGGUCAGAACUCUUUGGCUUGUGUUCUGUAAUUCACGCAUUGCCGAGGAAAGCUUUAAGAGAUGAUAGCACAAUAUACAGCAGAACGAUUGGCCGGUAUUAAAAGCUGCAGAUUUACACGAAAGAAUCAUUUUCCCUGCUGCGUAACAUUCUGAUGAGUUCAGGACAGCUCCUUUGUUUGGGUAUAAAUGUUCUUGUGAACUCAUUUGUUUCUGUCGUCAAUGUCAUCGUAAUUCAUGCUGAAUGAAUUAGCACAAAAUAUUUAUAAAACCAUCUCACGUGUCAGUUGAAUGUGGUAAUUUACAUGAAAAAACUUGUGCAUAAAUCGUAUACAUAAAAUGUUUAUACGGGAAUUAGUUCUGUGCAUUUCAUGAGGCUAUUUUUUCAUCAAACGUGCAAACGGUUGCAUUAAAUUUCAAUUGUUGUAAGUAUCCAUAUCAGCAUGUCGGCACAAUGGCAUAUUGUUCAUUUGUGAAUCGGCCCAUUCUGAAAAAGGACAGUCUUGAUUAUUUCUUCUUCUUUUUUUAUGUGAGUGCAGCUGCAAACGUCUGGAUAUUCGUUUAGUCACUGUGCCUUAUUGGAGUAUACCUGCUAAAGACAGGCAGUCCAUGAGGUAGGACGAAUAAUUUAUGGGGGGGAAAAAAAGAAAAAUAAAGUUUUACGUUAUCAAAGAGAACCACGCCACAAUCCUGCCAAGAAUCUUUAAAGUCCUGUGUACUGGUUGAGUUGUGAAGUAAUCCAGUAGGUUGACUGAAUACACAAUUCAUAGGACUAGCGUCUUCGGGCAGGUCUGCGUUUUAUUUGGGGUUUUCCGUCGUGUGUGGUUACAAAGAUCUUUGAAGAACGUUUUGCAUAGAAUAUAUUUUCUUGCUCUAUAAUUUGGCAUGGUGGCAAGAUGGUUUCUUUUGUUUUAAUGUAUCGAUUUACGUGUCGUUACUUUUGACAGCUUGAAUGUUCCUAUGUGGUUCCACUCAAUUUAUUGUUGUAAGUGAAAUCCUGUCUUGUAAGCAGAUGCACUGAUGUGUAAAUUACAACUGUUUUGGUCCCUACUUGUGUGUACCUUGUACAUAAAGCAUUUUGAAAGCUA